UUCCCAUAAUUCUUCAUAUAUAUACUCUUAAAUUUUAUCCAUUUUCUUGCGCAUUCUUGAAAACCCUUUUCAAUUUGUUGACAACCUUGUAAUUCUAUAUACUGGGUUUUGUGAAAUUUGUGUUGAAAUGAGUAAUAAUAUUGAUCCUGGAGUGCAGAUUGAAGCUUCGCCGGAAAAAGGCUAUGCUUUGAGUGGCAAAAUCAUGCUGUCCGCGAUAGUUAUACUGUUUGCGGUGGUAAUAUUCAUGGCUUUUCUUCAUCUUUAUGCCAGAUGGUACUUGUUUCGCUUGCGUCGCCGUCAACACCAGCGCCGCCAGAGCCAGCGCCGCCGCACUCAUAUUGUUUUCUAUGUUGAUAACCACCAACCCAACUCCGCUGCCGAUCAUGGGCUGGAGACGGAGGUAUUGAAUUUGUUACCGUUGUUUGCUUACUCGUCCAAGACUCACCCGGAGGUGCUAGAAUGCGCCGUGUGCUUAUCGGAGUUUGAAGAGAACGAGACCGGCCGGUUUUUACCCAAAUGUAAACAUUCCUUUCAUACAGAGUGCAUUGAUAUGUGGUUCCGAUCACAUUCUACGUGCCCACUCUGCCGGUCACCGGUGGAACCGGUCUCCGAACCGGAGAAAAACCGGGCCGACAUUGCCAUCAACUUGGAUGAACCGGGUUCGAGCUCCGGUAACAAUAUGAUGCCGUUGGGGGAUCGGAGGAAGGGGUUGGACCUUGUAAGAAUAGAGGUACCAAGAAGAACCCAGUUCGAUGACGAGUUACCACUGAGUUCACCCGGAUUAAGGUCGCCUGGAACUCGGUUGUUGUCAAUUAAAAGAUUCCUCAGCAUGAACAGAAAAUCUCCCAUGGGGACGCCGUGUGCGGCCGGGACGAGCUCUGAGCCGCUGGGAGCCACCGAGUUGGACUUGGAAAGUGGAAGGGAUGAGCUGACGACUCAGGAGUCAACUCCAACACAUACUCCAAGGUAGUUAGCCAGUCGGCGCAUCCAAGAAAAAGAGUGACGUGUCAUGCGAAUGAAACGAAGUUAAAUUUCGAGAAUAACGACAUUCGGCGACUGUCAGAUUUUCGUGGUUCUAGGAAGGUGUGGAAAGCCAUCAUUUUGUCAACGUGGCUAGCUGAAAUUAAUUUCUCAACUUGAUAAACUAAAAAUAUAGAGGCG